AUGGAGCUCAAGAAGCAUCUGGACGAGGCGAAGAAGCACAGCAGCGACUCCGGAGUGGGACCGGAGCGGAGCCUGUUGAGCAAGGAGCAGCGGGACCACCGGAUCAGCCUCUUUCUGCGGGAUUUUGACCAUCAGGCCAAAGAGAACCUUCAAGAGAUGAAGAAAGAGCUGGCUUCACUUCUUCACACGGCCGAGAAGGCUUUCCGGGUGGAGUCGCUGGCGCUGCCGGUGGUCAUGCGCAAAAUGAGGAGGAAGGAUUUGAUGCACCUGAAAGACGAUGAAGCGGCGGCUGCUACAGUUGCUGCCAACCUCGAGAUGAACGACGGCUGCAUCAGGGAGCUGACGACUUCCAAGCCAGUGCGGACAAACAGCAAGCGAGUGAAAGUCACGACCAUUGUGGAGUACAAAGACGAGAAAGAGGAAAAUGGAAGGCAGGCUAAGAAGACAUCUCAAAAGAUAUUUAAAACCAACUCCUUGGCCUCCUUGGCUUCGGUCAUCAAGAGCAAGCAAGACACUGUGUCUAGGUCUUCUUCUGUGUGCUCCUCUUCAAAGUCGAGAACCAUUGAGCGAUCUGCUUCUUUACGGGAACGGACAACGUCUGCCUCCAAGUUCAACUCUCUGGGUUCUAAAAGGGCUCCGCAGAGGGGCCUCUCUCAAUGUGCAUCUACUUCAGAGAAGACUCGGGCUGCAACUCUACGGAGCUCCUCUCUGCCCCAUGAAAGAUCCGUCCCCUUUGUCAACAUCCCUCUGGCUGAUGGGAAGACUCUCUGCUCAGCUGGCGAUGAUCUCCAGAACAUCAAUGUGGAGUUAUUAAAUGACGACACUGUACAACAUAUCCACACUCUAGUGAACCAGCUGACAGUCCUUUGUGGAAAAGCAACUGUAAAGUCAAGCUGA